AUGAGUAAUAGGCGGAAGAUUGAUAAUGAAUUCUAUUUAAAAUUAUUAUUUAUAGAAGAAUUUUUAGAAAAAAAUAAUAUAGUUAUAAUGGACUGUAACGAAAAAGAAUAUAAAAUAGUGAAAAAUUUAAAAAAGAAGAUGAGAGAAAGUUUGAAUGAUAAAAUAAUAAAGCAGAUGAUAAAUCAUCAAGUCGAGAUAGUAGAAGAAGCACUAUUAGUUAACGAAUAUAAUUUAAUUUGGAAUAAAAAAAUUAUAACUGGAGGAUUUCGGAACUGGAAAAAGAAAGUUACGAACGUGAUAUGGAAAAAUGAAAUUCUCAAUAGCGAAAAACUAGAUGACCUAUUCAUGUACAAUUUCAGAAAUGGCUGUAUUAAAAAUUUAUUAAAAGAACAGCCAACUUACGGCACUCUUUUUAAAAGAAAUAAAAGAAAUACUAAUAAAAUAGAAAAUGAAGAAUGCAAAAGAUGUGGUAAAAAUGAGAAAGAAACUUGGGAACAUAUUUGGUUAUGUGAAGAUAACGAAAUUACGAUAGAUGAAAUUGAUCUUAGAACACCCUUCGAUAAUUUAAGAGGUAAAAGUCGAAUAUGGGAGAUACUUAGAGGAGUGUACAACGAGAAUUUCAAUAAACUAACGCAAAAGAAAGAAGAAAAAGCAGUUAUAAAAAGAUUAUGGAAUUUUAUUUACAAAGAAUUCAAAAACAGAAUAUGGAUACCAAGAUGUGAAGAAAUAAAAAGAAUAGAACAAAAGGAAGGUAUACAAAAAAUAGAUCUGAGGAAAAAGAGAAACAGAAUAGAUGAAGAUCACAUGACGGAUAAAGAUAUCGAAAACAAAAAUUAG